UCAGUCACUACUAAGCCGCGGUGGUGUUGGCGUCUAACCAGUGAUCUUUCUCCUUAACGUUCAUGUAUAAGGUAUUUCGUUGGGGCGUGUGUUGGUAUCCUGCCAUGGGUGGAGGGCGUCUAGUGGAGCGGCAUGGGUGUGAGGACAAACAACCCACGCCACAUGUCACUUCCAGCCCACGCCCCAGCCCACACCCACGCCAGUUCUCACCCCUCACCCUCCUCCUCGCCAUGGCCGCCGCGUGGGUGGGUGUGGAGGGGCUGGACUGCUUCAAGUGUGGCUCCGUCAACGGCUCGGAUCCCUGGUGCGGCGACCCCUUCCACCACAACCACAGCGCCGCCUACCUCGCCUCGCCCUGCCUCGCCGGCUGGAAGAACCGACAGGGCGUCUUCCCCGCCUCCCACUGCGUCAAACUCUCGGGAUACUUCUACGAGACAUCGGAGACCAUGUAUGUGAGGGGCUGCACCACUGACUCGGGGACACUCACGGUGGACACGGAGCUGGGCAGACAAAGCCACUGUGGGGUGUUCCGCUACGACGGCAGACACAUCCACCCGCCUGCAGACACAUCCACCUGCGUACCACUUCUCUCACCCAAAUUACAUCCACCUCACUAA